GAUCAGGGCGAUGAUGAGAGUGGGGAGGAGGCAACAGCAGCAGAGGAGGAAGUUAUCAUCAAGGAGGCUCUUCCGUACGAUUCUCUUCAGCCUCGCCUUCAUUGCCCUCGUCCCUCCCAUUUUCUUCAUCUUCAAGCUCAAAUCAUUUCGUCUCACUCAAUUGCGAAAGUGUGGUUGGCUAAAUAGUCCUCCUCUUGUAUGUGCCCAUGGCGGUGACUCAACUUCCGCCUUUCCAAACACGAUUGCUGCAUAUCACUCUGCUCUUAAUUCUCAAGUAGAUUGCAUUGAGAUUGAUGUUUCUCGUUCUUCAGAUGGGGUUCUGCUUGCUUUCCAUGACAGGGAUUUGCAGCGGAUAUCUGGAAACAGCACCUCUAAGGUUGGCCACUACAGCAUGAAAGAGAUAAAACAUCUCGGUUCCAUUUAUCCAUCUGCAAAGUUCCAUGAUGCAAAUAUUCCAACAAUUGAAGAGGCUCUGGAGUUGGUAUCAAGUUCAGUUAGGCAGGUGGUGUUAGAUGUGAAAGUCGGGCCUCCAUCAUAUGAAAAAGGUCUUGCAGUGGAUGUUCUUGCUGUUGUUGAGAAGAUGCAGUGUCGGAAUUGUAUCGUAUGGGCCAAAAGUGACAACCUAGUGAGGGAUAUGAUCAGACUAUCCUCAGAUGUCAUGGUGGGGUACAUUGUUAUGAUGGACCAGUCAACUGGGGUAAGGAGCAACUUACUGAGGAUGAGAGAUGCUCGUGUUGUUGGUGUGUACCAUCCCUUGAUCGAUGAAAAGCUUGUGCGAACUCUCCAUGGGAGAAAUAAGAAGGUAUACGCGUGGACUGUCGAUGAUGUGGAGUCCAUGGAAAAUAUGUUGUCCGAGCACGUAGAUGCAAUUGUGACAAGCAACCCGAGUACGCUUCAAGGUCUAAUGGAAGAUACAAGAAGACUGUGCCUUGAGCAUGGUUUCUCAUUAUCAGAAUAACAUGUUUGAUUGACUCUAGACUCACAAAAGGAUACCUAUCAGCGUACAUAAACACAAGGGUUUCAACUUCUGUGUCGCCUGGUUCGAAGGUGACGCAACUCGAAUGGAGGUUUGAUGAAGAUUUGUUGCAUAAUAUGGAGGGCUACAAAUCAUGCCCAUUUCUUGUUAGGAAAAUGAAGAUGAAGACGAAUGUUAUCUUAUCUACCGAUCAACUAAUACUGAGAAUUGUAGUGGGUUAAUUUAAAUAGGCCCCAAGAAACAAUUGACUAUUAUGAUCAUGAUUUGGACUUUUGGAGCAUUUCGCCUUCCACGUUGCUCUAU